UAUCAAUUAUUCUGUCAGAUAUUUGACUCUAGUGCUUGGUUCAUUGAGGCAAAUGCUUAGAUAAAGAAUGUUAAAGUGGAUUACAAAUGUGUCUUUUCUGUUGAAGCAAUUCAUAAAUCAUUCAUGCUUUAAUAUCAUCACAGUACUGGUAUAUAGCAAAUAUGUGACAUUUUGAACAAAACAAACAUAAUAUUAGCACAGAUGCAUUUAUCUUCAGUGUUUAAUCUUCAUUGAACAUAAUGUGUGUAUGUACAGGUGUUUAUCCAUAAUUAAAUCACAUAUGAUAAAAUUCCAACUAGAAAACAGGAAAAAUGAAUUGCUUACUACAUGCUGACUCUAAUAGUCAGAACCAAGUACUUCAUCUGGACAGUAAAAUUUCUUGGAAAGAAAUAUGAAUUUACAGUAGUGGACAACCUGACGUGCAGCUGAUAUACGUGACGUUAAUUGGUUCUUUAAGUUAGAUUGUUUACUCUGAACACCCCUGGAGCUGUUUUCUGUUCCGUUAAUUUACCUUCCAGAAUGUAUAUAGCUCACUUAGUUUCACAUUUCAUACCUUCAUCAAUUAAGAAUUAACAUUAAAGUUCUAAUAGCAGUUUCAAAAUUAGUAACAUUUGGUUCUGGCUAAUGCCAUCAUCAAUGCAUGUACAGUAAUUACACUAACCAUUGUAUAAAAUGUGAGGAUAUAAGAGUAGUUUCUGUCGUAAUGUGUGACUUCACUUGAUAAAAGAUGUGGAAUGGCAAUACUUCAGUAUAUCACAAGAGCAUACAAAACAAAACGUGCCUAGCUGGAAAGACCGUUAACAUGAUGUCAUUUGAAGUAAAUGUAGUGAGGGUUAUGUGCCCUCACUAUUUCAUCUUAAUUACAUACAAUUUUAAUGAAUAAAUAUAAUCUGAUGUAAAAUUUUCGUCCAAUAGCUGAUGGUAAAAUCCAAGGGGUGGGGGCUGAAGGAUUUGAUUUGAGAAUGAAGCAGAGUUCUGAACAGUGGUGUACUCUACUGAAUUUCCAUUCCUUCUGGAGAUCUAGAUUUUAAAUAUAUUCCAGUCCUGUUCUUUAUAAAGCUCUUGAGUUCUUAAGAAUAGAGAAUGUACUAAUUAGCUGAAUAACUAUCACCAACUUAUGAAAACAUUUAGGUGUUUAGGAUAAACAUUGUUUAAAUAGUGUUUCACAGUUUUGGGGUACUUAGUUGCUGAUGCUUAGGUUGAUUAAGAUUUUGACAUUUUGUGAGAAUGUAGUAGUGUUUUCAACAAGUGCCAAACCUGACGUACGGAAAUAUGUGGUAAAAUUUUAUAUUUCUCAUCAAAAUGUAGCAGAGUGUCUGAAAAUAUAUUUUAAUGUUACAGAUAGGCGAAGCUGUGUUCUUCCAGUCUGGAGGAAGAGAGAUCAAUGGUUAUAUUGGUGACAUAUGGGAGACCAUGGCAGAAGUUCUGAAUUUCUCGCUCAAUGUGAAUGAUGUUUCAAACCUGAGUUUGGGUUUACAUCAGGCAAAUGACAAUUUGACUAGCCUUCUGAGUGAGCUCCAGCACAAACAUUUGCAUGUGAUACCACACUUGCUCAUGGACAACAGCAGAAGAAAUAUCGCAGACUUCAGUCAACCAUUUGCCAUGUUAGGAGUCCAGCUAGUGGUUAAGAGUAAAGCGGUAUCACAUUUCUCUUGGCUGUGGCCCAUUACACCAUUCUCUGUGACAUUGUGGCAGGCACUUGUCACAUUUCUCGUCUCAGUCACCAUCGCUGUCCACCUUAGUCUCUGGACAGCCAACAAACUGUUCCCUCAGGGCAAGCAGCCUCAACCUGACUUCUGUGAAAACUUCCUGCAUAUCUAUGGCUUCUUCUGCUAUCAAGGUUCUGCGUCACACAGUUGUCUGAUUUCCAUUCAAAUAAUGAUGCUGUGCUCCUCACUUCUGGCAUACAUAUUGAUUCAAGCUUAUGGGGCUACUCUAGUAUCGCAUAUAGCUACUGUGAUCAGCUGGGAGCCUCCAUUCCACAACCUUGAAGGCCUAUUACAGUCCCAGUAUUCUUUGGCUGUACUCAAUGGAUCUGAUAUACAUUCUGAACUUAAGAAAUCCAAGGGAAAUGUGUAUGAAGCUGUGUGGAAGAAUGCAGUUAAGAUGGUGAACAGUGACCAACAAGCAUUUCAUGAAGUCUGCUCUGGCCAUGUCGCAUCCUUUGUGACCUCUGAGGUCACCACUGUUAACAGUGAUUGUAAAGUAAUAUCAGUCACUGAUCUUCACUUCUCAUCCUGGAUUAGCAGUGGUCUUGUCAAAGGCUUCCCAUGCAAAUGCCUCAUUGAUGUCAUAAUCUUGCGUCUGCGUGAGAGUGGAAUUUUGAAUGUACUCCAGAUUCGACACCCAUUACACUUUUGGAAACGACAAGAAAAUCAACAUCAUCCAUCUACUAGGUUUGAUGGCAGCGUUCAACUUCUUCAGGUUGCUCCUAUUCUCAGUUUAUAUGUUGCUGGUAUCAUUUUGGCAUUCUUGGUGUUGAUGCUGGAGAGGGCUGUAGCAACUCUCGCCUAAGCGUAUUCUCACAACCUUGUGUCCUCUAGAGUAGCAGUAUGCACAGACCAUAUGGAGGUCACUGCAGUCCAGUUUGAAGUUUAGACAAUGUAAAUUAUGCUAUAUAUAAUUAAUGUUCCAUUUAAUAAAACUAGAAACUGGAUUCAUGUAUGCUGGUAUUUUGACGCUAAUUAUAAUUAAGAUGCAGACA